GGCAGCGCAGAAUGGAGCCGCGUGUGCUCCGGCACGUCCGGCAGAGCAGGCAAGCCGGCAGCCGAACUGCUGGGUGAAAACAGACAGGGAAGCAGUGCCAGGCCUCCAUGACUCCCGUCUCUGUAGGGCACCGAGGCACACACAGCUCCCAAAACAGGCGGGCAGCCAGCCCCGGGCCAGCGCAGCACUGGAAGGCAUUUCCUGCUCAUAAACUGGUGAUAAACAUGACAGUCCCCGGCUUCCUGCCUAUCCGAGCGGCUGGUUCCUCUAAUGGUACUUCCUCCCAUGUGCUAAGGCUGGGGAGAGCUCAGUAGUCCAACAGAAACCAGGGAAUUAAUCAAUUUUGUGAUUCUGCUACUGACUGCUUAAUUUUCUAAUUAUUUUCUAAUGAUAUCGUGUGUAUCUUGUUCCACUAAACACACUUACUGAACGCUGGAAGGGGAUAAAUUUUUUCAAGCCAAGUAAAAACUACCCCGCUCUCAAAUAUUGUCUGUUUAGAUUCUGUCAGCCUACUGAAUUGCUAAUUAUUGUUGGACUUGGAGAAGCAUGGGAAGACAAACUGAAUUUGUGAUGUUACAAAUACUGCCAGUGAUUUGGGAGAAUCCUUCAUCAAAGAAAAAAAAAAAAAUAAAACAACCAGAGUACAGGCUCAAUGGGUAGUUGUAUUUGUAUGUAGGUAAUUGCAGUAUGAGUACUGCAAUCCCUAAUGCUGUCACUUGUGUUCUCUCUGUGUUCACUGCCUGCUUGGUGGCAUGGUCUCAUUCCACACACUGUUAAUGAUACCUAUUACCGUUCCUGUUAAAUUCUUGAAAUUGGACUUUAAGUAACUGUAAGAUCCUGUUUAUACAGAAACUGCUACCUUUAUUUUAUGAACACACAUGGUUAGGUGGGCCCGUGUAUUUUCAGCAUUAGCAUAGCUUGUGAAUUUGGGUUUCUGCAUAAUGAACACAGUGAGCAAGUAAACACAGACCCACAGCACAGGCUGUGCUUUUUUGGCCUGUUUUGCAAGUUAUUCCAUAUGCACUCAACAUAAUGGCUAUGCAAACAAAACUGAUAUUGCUUUAGAAAAACAUCUCCAGUGAUAAGUUUGUAUUUACAUAUUUAAUUGUAAUUAUGUAACUUUGAAAGCUGUGCUGUUCCUCUUACUAGAACUAAAGAUCAGUUUAAAUGGCUGAUAAUUUGUAAGAGCCAAACAGUUCAAAUACUGCUAGAGGAGUUAUUGCAGGUGGUUAUCUCUCUUUGUAGUUGAUAAAGCUACCUAGAGUAACAGCCAGCAGAGGAGUAUCUGUUUGUGGGUUUGUGACAUCUUCGUGUUUCUUGGAAGGCAAGAGUUCAACCCUUUGUGGAGACAUCAGACUGAACAGCUGGAAUGCCUACAAUUCACUCCUGGCUAUGGUAGGGAGACACAGCAUACCUCUCUCUGUUCCUAUGUACGUGCCUGUGGAACCAGGUGGGAAAAACUUUGCUCCACCACAGGAAAGAAAACUGAAUACUCCUUAUUAUGUAUUAUGAUGUGCUUUGCAAGAUAAAAUCAAGGCAAAAUCCCAUGAGUCUAUAAUUGAUCAUGGGUAGUGUUUUAAAGGCCUGUUACUCAACUAAAAUUACAACUUUUUAAAAAGUAGCUAAAGUACAAUUGAUUUCACCACUCUAUUGGCAAGCGUGACAAAUAAUUUUUUGCAUUAUUAGUAUUGUUUUCUACCUUGCUGAAACUCAGAGAUUUUUUGGCUUUUUAUGUUGUUAUUUUUUUUUUCCAAAAUAUGUUUUAAAAUGUGAGAUAUUAAAUCUUGAACUUGAGAUUUUUCCCCUAUAUAAUAAGCCCAGAUCUACUGUUAAUAUUAUUAGUGAAAUCUUUUUCUUGCUUGAGAGAGGAGGUUUUUAAUAAGAAAAUUACAUUUUCGUGUAUUGAGAAAUAAAAAAUAGUCUGUUUUCUUUUUGUUAACAUCUUGCUUAUUUUAUUUCCACAUUUUUGUAUAUUGCUACAUUAAUACUAUUUUGAAUUGAAACCAACUUUUAAAGUGAAUUUCAUGUUAAAUUCUGGGCUUUUUGGAGUAAUAAUGGGCACUAAAAUACUAAUUUACUAGAUUGUAGUUUCUGUUCUGGAGGAAUCCCAUAAGGAAUAUUUUUCUUACUAGACUCUCUAGUAAAGAAAAGAAAAUUUUUCAGGCAUUGUAGAAGCAGAAAUUAGCAUUUUGUUACAAAUGAAAAAUUCCAAAAAUUCUUCAUAAAGCUUUGGUGUAGUUUCUAUUUACAUUAGGCUUUCUAUAGUAUCCAUCACAAUUUUGUGUCUUUAGAAAGACUUGAUCCCAUCUCAAACAGUUUUAGCUGUGUAAGGUAAAGAUAACAGAUUUGCAUGACGCUGUUGUGGGCAUUACAUAAGUUGUUCUUCUUUGAGCACCUAACACUAGUAGAUCUGAGCAGCUGAUGUAAAUGUAAACAUUACACUUCUUCUGAGUGAACUUUGUCUUUAGGUCUUUUUCUUCAUUUACAUAUCUAGGCAGAAUGAAUGUGUCAACUGAUACUCCGUCUAACAUUCAGAGCUAUCCUUUCAGCUAAUGUGUUCAGCAUUUCUGUAGAUCAAACCUCAGAUUUUCAAGCCAAGCCCCGAAACAAGGAGACUACAUAUUCAAGAGUCAAGUGAAAAAUUGUUUUCUUCAUUUGAAUCAUAUGCCUUGGCAAAGGCAAAGAAGAAAAGGAAAUCUGAUAAGUAAGAAUUGAACUGAAUAAUCAUUAGGCUUCUUAACUCCUGAAUCUGUAUGAGCAAGUGCCCUGCAGAUUGCAGCUUCUCCCAGUCUUGAUUCAUUCUGAAACCAGAUUGAUUAGGUGUGUGGACAGAGGCAGGAAUUCCCACUGUGCAGCAUCAUAUUGUAUGAUGUCCUCAUACAGCAUCAGGGUUGGAGUCUGGCCUGACUCUGCCACUUGAGCCAGUGGAAUCAUUAAUUCUCUUCUCCUCCUUUCACACCCUCACUUCCUAACACCCCCUGAUCACAUCUCACUCUUCCGUGCUGAUUGCUUUCCAAAUUAAGAACAGUCAAAUUAACAUUUGCUUUAAUAGCCAAAUUAAAUUUGCUUUUCCAGAUUAACAGUAUUUCUUUUCCUCAAGUCUUUGCUCAGGUGAACUCCUUCUUCCAAAUUCAAGUCAUUAUACGAUUUUCAUCACUUAAACUGCUUCCUCUUUAAAACUUCAUGAAGUUAAAUUACAGCCCAAACAGUUAAAUACGACCAAGCAGUAAGAAACUGGAUUCACAGAGUCUUGAAGGAUUGAAACACUUUCAAACCAUGAUUAUAGCAUGCUCCCAGUCAUGUCAGUAAUAAGGAAAGAAGUACAGUUCAUAACCUUAUACAGACCAAGCACCUGAGAGCACCAGUCUCUGCUGCACCUUACACAUCUCAGGCAGGUGCAACACACUCUGCGUCCUUGUGCCAAGGGUACUAACGCUGCUGUGUUUAGUGGGGAGAAGCCUGUUGUCUUCCCUUGACCACAGAUUGCCCAUGGGGUUACAAAGCUGUUGUGGGUACUUGGAGCUCAAGCAUCUGGAAAUGAUGGUAAUGAGUAGCUGCUUUAGAAGUGUAGACAUCGAUAGCGACUUGUAUUUGGGUUUUCUUUUGUGAAGUAGGAUACAUAAAAUCAGAGCUUUUAAAUGUCAAAAUAGAAAGAUUAUGUUAAUGCAAUAACUAUCAAACAGCAUUUUAAAUGCUGUUCCAUAGAACAAAAAAGGAACAUGUCAGUAUGUACUGUAAACCAACUUUGUACAGUCCCUGUCUGCUCCUCUUGUUCCCAAGCUGCCUGUGUGUGGUAGGAUCUUGGCUGAGAAAUGUAGAUCAGUUACUUCUGGAAAGAGGAGAGGUUCAUGUUAGAUGCGUGGCUACCCCACCACCAGGGACCUGGAGUGCAGAUGUCAGUGGGACCUUUCUCUUCAUCUGUGGUGAAAAUGUUUCUUGAAAAGGCUCUGUAGAGAAAUGCUUACAAGCAUGGAUGUUUUCUUGUUUAUCCUAAAAAUAAAUAAAUUGGCUUCCAUUUGUAGUAAUUAAUCAGCUUUGUUGGUAAAUUAAAGGUCUAGGUCAGUGGCAUUCUGCAGUGCUGCAAGUACGGGGAGCAGGAGCAGUAAAGCAGCAGUGCAUCAGGACUUUCAUGUCCUACAUGGCAGCAGGGCUAAUUCAUCUGAGCAGAGUGCUCUGCUCCACUGAUAAAUUGUCCCCAUGUUCAGAUUUCAGUGUGCAUCUUUCUUACAUGCAAAGUUACUUCAUACUUGUGUUAUGGUUCUUCAAGGCUCUUCUGCAGCUGUGGUCACACAGUUUCUGUUUCUAUAUGGACACAUUUUAUUAUUACUGUACCUCAAGAAAAACAAAAAUGGCAGGCAUCAGUCUUACUGUGGUGAGUAAAUUGACUAUAUCUCAACAUACAUACUGUUGCUAAACAUGUUAAAAGAUUAAAUUAUACUGCAAAAUUGCUGUAUAAAUAUUUGUUGUACCAAUGCUCCAGAUGUGUAUAUGAAUUGUUAAAUUAAUCAAUACUGAAAUACAAUAUUUCAGGGAUAAUUUUCUUUGCUAAUUGUGUUUAUUUGACGAAAUCCAGGAAAAUGGUGUAAGAAUUGAAACAGUUCCCUGUCAAUUUUGUACUGCUGCUAUGUGUAGUGCUGUACAGGAGACUUUUAUACAGGAUAGAAAAAAUGGUUGCAUUUGUGUUUGAAAGAAAUAUUGACUUGCUUUGUGGUUUUAUAUAGUUAGUUGGUGGUGUGUAUAUCUCUUGUUCACAACAAAAUAUUCCACAAGUCCAGGAAGAGUUUUUCAGCAGAAGUUGGUUGUUUGAGCAGGGUAGGACUGAGGAAUCAUGCACUGCCCUUCCAGCCAUGCAAUCACACAGAUAGGAUAAAUCUCCUUUACAUUGGUGAUUAUGUAGUGUGAAUUGUGUUGUUUCCUCAAAAUACAGCUCCACAAGAAAUAAAGGAUGUGAUAGCUUCUUAGACCCUCUGUCACCUAUAUUAUCCCACCUGAAUGACUGACCUUUAAAUGAUGAUGAAUUAGUUCUUAGGAUUUCUGUUGUUGAGGCAGGCUGCAGUAAGAAGCCAGGUAGGUGUGUCAGUGGUCAUACAGAGGCCACCUCCCUAUAAAUUACACCAUUCUCAGACCUGUUCUACGUCUCACAGUUCAGGCUAAUCAUUGACAGGGCUUUUACAAUCACAAGCUUUUAGUGAAGCUUUGAUAAGACACUCCAGCAGCUUGUGGCAAAUGAAAACAGUCUGCACAGCGUGGACUCCAGCAAAAGAAUGGAAUUUUUUCAGCAUCAAUGCAAGAAACCUGAUUUUUAACACUGGCACUAUAAACUGGCAUAAUGUAUGGCCAACGACUGGAGAAGAUAGUUGCCUUUUGGAUGUUAGUAUUUGUAAGGAUAGUUACUGGGCUUGCUGGAGAAGGAAGAUCUGUGUGGAAAAAGGACUCCCACUUCAGCCCUCUGAGCGAAACACAGAUGUUUUUAUAUGACACUUUCCCCAAGGAUUUUCUCUGGGGGGUAGGGACAGGAGCUUUCCAGGUAGAAGGCAGCUGGAGGAAGGACGGGAAAGGCUCCUCCAUCUGGGACCACUUCACCCACUCGGAGUUCAGGGACGCUGACAGCACAGGCAUCUCCAGUGAUAGUUAUAUCUUGUUGGACAAAGAUUUAUCUGCUCUGGAUUUUUUGGGAGUUACUUUUUACCAGUUUUCAAUUUCAUGGUCGAGGCUUUUCCCCACUGGAGUGGUGGCAGCUCCCAAUGAAAAAGGACUUCAGUAUUAUAACACCCUUAUCGACUCUUUACUCUACAGAAAUAUUGACCCCGUGGUCACACUGUACCACUGGGACCUGCCCUUGAUGCUGGAAGAAAAAUACGGGGGAUGGAAAAAUGAAUCCAUGAUUGAUAUCUUCAAUGACUAUGCCACCUUUUGCUUCCAGACCUUUGGGGAUCGUGUUAAAUAUUGGAUUACAAUCCACAAUCCAUAUUUAGUUGCUUGGCAUGGAUAUGGCACAGGUAUUCAUGCUCCUGGAGAGAGAGGGAAAAUAAGAACUGUCUACUCAGUAGGACACAAUUUGAUCAAGGCUCAUGCAAAAGUUUGGCAUACCUACAAAGAACACUUUGAACCUUAUCAGAAGGGGAUGAUAUCCAUAGUAUUGGGAUCCCACUGGAUCGAGCCUAACAAAUCGGAAGAUGAGUCGGACAUUUCUAAAUGUCAGAAGUCCAUGGAAAGAGUACUCGGAUGGUUCGCUAAACCUAUCCAUGGGGAUGGGGAUUAUCCAGAAGAACUGAAAAAUGAAUUCUUGUUUCUGCCACACUUUACCAAAGAUGAAAAAAAAUACAUAAAGGGAACAGCUGAUUUCUUUGCCUUUUCCUUUGGUCCUAGUAACUUUAAACCUCCAAACACUCUACCAAAAAUGGGACAAAAUUUGUCACUCAAUUUGAGGGAAGUACUGAAUUGGAUUAAACUGGAAUACAACAGUCCUCGAAUCUUGAUUGCAGAGAAUGGCUGGUUCACUGACAGCCAUGUGAAAACAGAUGACACCACAGCCAUCUACAUAAUGAAAAACUUCAUUAAUAAGGUUUUACAAGCUAUUAAAUACGACAACAUAGAUGUGUUUGGUUACACAGCCUGGUCCCUCCUUGAUGGCUUCGAAUGGCAACAUGCUAACAAUAUCAGGCGUGGAUUAUUUUAUGUAGAUUUCAAAAGCAAAAAAAAGGAAAGGAUUCCUAAGUCAUCUGCACUUUAUUAUAAACAAAUCAUACGAGAAAAUGGCUUCUUCCCAAAGGAUUCUACCCCACACUUGCAAGCUCAGUUCUCCUGUGAGUUCUCCUGGGGUGUCACCGAGUCUGUUCUCAAGGCAGAAUCAGCAGCUUCCUCACCACAGUUCUGUGAUUCCAGCUUGUACCUCUGGAAUGUCACAGGAGAUGGGCUUCUGCACAAAGUUGAAGGUGUAAAGUUAAAAACCCGACCAGCACAGUGCACAGAUUUUGUCAGUAUUAAAAAGCAACUGGAUCUCCUGGAAAAAAUGAAAGUCAGCCAUUAUAGAUUUGCACUUGACUGGUCACUAAUUUUACCCAAUGGAGAUUUGUCAGUGAUCAACAGGCAAGUUCUUAGGUAUUACAGAUGUGUGAUUAGUGAAGUCCUGAAACUCAACGUUCAAUCCAUGGUCACCUUGUAUUAUCCAACUCACACCUACUUGGGCCUGCCGGGUCCUUUGCUGCAGACAGGAGGAUGGUUGAACCAAUCCACUGCCUACGCUUUUCAAGACUACGCAGCUUUAUGUUUUAGGGAGCUUGGUGAUUUGGUUAAACUUUGGAUUACAAUAAACGAGCCUAACCAGCUAAGCAAUGUCUACAACAGGAGCAGCAAUGACACCUACCGGGCAGCACACAAUUUACUAAUAGCACACGCCAUGGCCUGGAGAAUAUACGACGAGCGGUACCGGUCCUCUCAGUACGGCAAAGUGUCCCUGUCCCUGCAUUCGGACUGGGCUGAGCCUGCCAACCCCUUCUUUGAAUCUCAUUCAAAAGCUGUCAACAGGUUUCUACAGUUUGAAAUAGGCUGGUUUGCCAACCCCAUAUUUAAGACUGGGGACUAUCCAGCUACUAUGAGGGAAUACAUCGCCUUUAAAAACAGAAAAGGCCUUUCAUAUACUUUGUUGCCAUCUUUCACAAGUGAGGAAAAGCAGCUUGUCAAAGGUGCAGCUGACUUUUACGCACUGAAUCAUUUCACCACCAGAUUUGUGAUUGACGAACCUCAGAAUGGAAGCCAGUAUGAAUUUGAUCGUGACAUUCAAUUUCUGCAGGACAUCACCUGCCUGAGCUCCCCUUCUCGUUUGGCAGUGGUGCCUUGGGGAAUACGCAAAGUUCUCAGGUGGAUCAAAAAAACUUAUGGUGACAUUGACAUUUACAUCACAGCAAAUGGAAUAGAUGACCCAUCCUUAGACAAUGAUGAACUUCGAAAUUAUUACUUGGGCAAAUACGUACAAGAGGUUUUAAAAGCCUACCACAUUGACAAAGUCAAGAUUAAAGGCUACUAUGCAUUUAAGCUGACUGAAGAGAAAUCUAAGCCUAGAUUUGGAUUCUUCACUUCAGAUUCAAAAGAAAAGCCUUCAGUAAGAUUUUACAAUAGCCUGAUAAGCAACAAUGGCUUUCCUGCUGACUACUCAGUCUGUGGCCCCUCUAGCCACGAAAAGCAGUGUAGCUUCUGCUUGUUUAUUUCUCAGAAGAAGUCGUUAAUAUUCUUUACCUGCUGCCUUUUCUCUACCCUCAGUUUGCUUUUAGCUGUUAUUUUUUUUCACAAAAGAAAAAGAAGAAAACGUUUUAAGGGGAAAAGCAUCAAAUGCAUCUGUGUCUCAUUUUAAAAGGGGGCACAAGCCCGCUUUCAGUGAGAUCCAUCACUGCAUUCUACAGUGGAUGAUAAGACAACUGUGGAAAAGCACUGAGUCACUCCAGUCACACACACCAAGCAUUUCAUUCAAAAAUGCAGUAAUCACAUUGACAGGAAGACCCAUGGCACUUGUUUCUAAUGAUAUUACUUUUAUCCACCUACUGUACCUAGAAGACAACUUAAUAUGUUAAAAAAAAAAAAAAUGACCCUCCUGUGCAUUGGAAUAACCUUUAAAACAGCUUUACUUGCAAAGAGCAACUUCUGAGAACUGAUAUGCACCUUUGUAAGCCCUGUGAUGUGUAUUCAUGUUAUGAGUGUUGUUCAGCAUGAAACUCCAGCUGUUAGGGUUUAGAUGUUCUAUUAAACCCCACAAACCUUCAACUAAGUACAACACCAGGAAGGAAAUGUGCUGGACCAGCUUCUGAAGAUACCCCUAAAAGAACAAAACCAAGUUAACUCCAUAAUUGACCAACAGAUAUCCCUUACAGAUUGGGUGAAGUAGCUUUAAGCAAAUAUAACUGGAGACAAAACCAUAUACAAUCACUAUUUUUCACCUCCAAAAUGGGGCAGUCAUAAAAAUUUUUACUAGCAGAGAACAUCCAAAUAAAUAGUUGACCCACUCAAUAAUUGAGUGAGGAAUGUAAAUUGCACAUGUCAUUAUACAAGUGGAUCUUUGGGCAAUUUUGGAAUUUAACAUGCAUCAGAUGCUUUAGCAACUUGUUGCCAAGUAUGUUUCUGCACUAUCCUAGUAUUUUAUAUAUUUUUUCCAAAUUGAAUGGAGCAAGUGACAAUGUCGAUUUUACUACUGCACAGAAAUAGUACAACCUCCCAGUUACAUGUUGCUACAUGGCAAGAUCAGCAGUGAAGAAACCAAGCUGUACCCCCAGAUAACUCACUGCUGGCGAAACUCAGCAAUACACUCUGGUUGAGCUUUGAGGUCAAGUCCUUUGUUUUCUUAUUUGAGCAAUAAAGCAUUGUAUUUUCAGA